GGGCGGGCCGGGUUGUUUGUGACGGCGUCACCGGCGGCUGCGGCCGCGGCCCCUCGUCCGUGCCGGGCCCCGCGAGGGCCGCGCUCAGCGUGCUUUGAAGAUGUCUGAAAAUUCCAGUGACAGUGAUUCAUCUUGUGGCUGGACUGUCAUCAAUCACGAGGGUUCUGACAUAGAGACAGUGACCUCAGAAAAUGGAAGCACAAAUGAUAACCAUGAGUUUGUUUCAGAAGAAUAUGUUUCUUUGCAAGAAGAGGAGCAAGCAAUUGAUUUGCAAGCUCAGUGCAACAAUGAUGAAGAGAUCCCAGCAGUAGAUAAUACUCUAUCUGGUUUUGAGGAAACUCAGACAGCUCCAGAGGGAAGUAAAGAAAAAGUUCCUGAUGAUGUGUCCUGCAUUGGAGCUAUUAGCGAUGAUUCUGACAUUGUUACACUUGAAGCUCCAAAACCUGAAGAAACGCAGAGUCAGGAGGAAGCUCCAGCUGAUGGUGAAGAAGCUCAAAGUUCAGAGGAUUUUAACAUGGGUUCCUCCUCUAGCAGUCAAUAUGCAUUUUCCCAUGUAGAAACUGUCAGUUGGCUGGAGAAGCUGUGGAAGAUUCCUGCUUGUGUAAGGGGAUGGGGAAAUGAGGUGAAAGAGCAUGUAUCUCGCAGUCUUCCUUUCCAAGUUUUUUCAUCUCAGGCCAGCCCUGAGGAGUCCAGCAGUGAUGAAACCAGCAGCCAGGGCAGCCCCGCAGUGCGCAAGCGGCGCCCGAGGAAGCGCGGGGUGUCGAGCUCAGAGCCCGAGGGGUCGGCACCGGCAGAGCCCGAGGCGGAGCCGCCCCGGGAGGAGCAGCACAAGCGCCAGUUCAGCAGCGGCCUGAACAGAUGCAUCAUCCUGGCGCUGGUGAUUGCCAUCAGCAUGGGCUUCGGACACUUCUAUGGUAAACCUGAAGGUACAGUGCAGAUCCAGAAACAGCAGCAGGUGGUGACAAAGACACGUGAAUUAAAAGAUAUGAAAGAUGACCUUUACCAGUGCCAACAAGAGCAAGGAGAUCAAGUGCACCACAAAGUGGGGUCACUCAAGGGAGACCUUGCCACAUGUUUGACCUUUACUGAGGUGGAGAAGAAAUCCUUUGAUUCUCAAAGAAAAAGUCUUGCUGCAGAAAAUCAGCACUUAAGAGAAUCUCUAGAGAAGGAAGAAAAAGCUUUGGCCUCACUUCAGGAAGAACUAAGGAAGCUAAGACAACAAAUUAGAAACUUAGAAGAUAAAGGUAGUAGCACUGAAUCUAUUGUAAUAGAAAAUCAGAAACUAAGGGAGCAUUUGGAAGAGGAAAAGCAAAGGAACAGCAAUUUUCUCAGGCAAAAGGAAACACUCUUUGCAGAGGCACAGAUGUUAAGGCGAGAACUGGACAAAGAACGUCAUGUUACAGAAGCUCUGAAAAAAGAACUAGAACAGUUAAGUUCUCGUCAAACACCUGACAGUGCUAAUGAUGAUGAUGAGGCAUUAAGAGAAAAUCAAGAAAUAGAAACUCUACGAGGAAGACUGGUAGAACUAGAAAAAAAGCUAAACUUUGAGCAACAACGCUCUGACUUAUGGGAGAAGCUGUAUGUUGAAGCAAAAGACCAAUCUGAAAAACAAGAAAUUAAUGAAAAUGGACAAAAGAAAGGUGCUAAAGGGCAAAGUAAGAGUAGAAAGAAAUCAAAGGAGACAUUUUUUGGUUCAGUUAAAGAAACUUUUGAUGCUAUGAAAAAUUCCACAAAAGAGUUUGUAAGGCACCAUAAAGAAAAGAUUAAGCAGGCUAAAGAAGCAGUGAAAGAAAACUUGAAAAAAUUCUCUGAUUCUGUAAAGUCUACAUUCAGACACUUCAAAGAUACCACAAAAAACAUCUUUGAUGAAAAAGAGAAGUCAUCAAGCGAUAAAAGAUACGAAGCAAACAAGAAAGCUCGAACUUUUUACCGAGACCACAACUCCUACGAGAAUCUGAAGCACAUGCAUUACAGGGGACCUCACAUGCCAAAAGAAUCCAGAAAUGGCAGAAAACAUCAUUUUACAACAUUUGAAAAAGAUUCAGAUUCCCAGAAAUGUCUCAAUGAUCAUUUGUGUAAUAGAAAACAGCAGUUUGCCCUAAAGGGCUGCUCUGGUAUUUUUGAAUGUGCUCAUCAAGAAUUCAUUAGUCUCUUUAACAGAGUUUCAGAUCCCAUCAGGGUGGAUGAAUUUAAUCGGCUAAUGAGAAAGUAUUUGCAACAAGUUGUACAUAACUUUCAUCACUGGAGAGAACUAGAAAAUUUCAUCAAUAAGUUUUUUCAUAAUGGAUUGUUUAUACAUGACCAGAUGCUGUUCACUGAUUUUGUUAAUGAUGUCAAGGAUUACCUGGAAGAUAUGAAGGAAUACCAAAAUAAUAAUGAAAAGGUUUUUGAGGAUUUGGACAAAUACGUCUACAGAUACUACUUCCAUUAUGAUAAUUCACCCCAGUAUGGACCCAGUCGACCUAAAAGACCUUUUACACAAACUGAAAAUUCCAGACAUGAAAAACAAGCUCAGAAGUACCAACACCGUAAUAAAAGAGAAGGUAAAUGGCAUAAACAUGGUCGCACUAAUGGAAGACACAUGGCAAAUCUUGAAAUAGAGUUGGGGCAACUACCCUUUGAUCCAAAAUAUUGAGUAAUUUAUUGUAAAAAUUAAGAUUAAAAUUCACGUACUCUGCAAACUAAUUGUUUUUCAACAAAGCAGCAAGUUGCAAGGUUUUUUCCUGAAUAAUUUGAUUUUUACACAUUUUUGUUAACAGGCAGAAGUCAGUCUUUCUAAUUUGCAUAUUCUGUACCGUUGCUUUAGCUGUUCUUUGGAAGUAAAGAUAAUUUGGGUGCCAGCAGUAUUGUUGCAGAAACUAGGCAUGCCAUGACCUGUGUAUGAAAAAAGGCUUAAUUGCAUUCCAUUAGUGUAGUUAAAGCUUGAGCCAUGCAUAAUGUACCAACUACUAACUCUAAUGUUUGAUAUACUAACUUCAUCUCAUCCUUCAAAAAAAGAGGUCAACAUCGUGGUAAUGUAUUUGUUAGUGUUCUGUAACUUUAUAUUUGCUUCCUGUCUUUGGGGGGGUUCAAGAGCCUGUUGAAUUGUGAAGAAUUUGCUGUGCUGCAUUCUAAUCAGCGUGCUGAUUUAAACACUUGAAAUGUCUUGCAUAUCUGCAUAUUGUAGAAGAAAAAUAAAAGACAUUGUGGGUAAAAGUCUUUAUUUAUAAAAGAAAUUUAGCAUAGCUGUACAGUUC